AUGAUAGUUUUUAAGAUUUUGGGUCUUUGCUCAUUUAUCUACCUGGUCACAGCUAAGACACAAGAGAAUAUCCAGGGGGUACUGAGUGUCGAUGAUGAAGAAAACCCACCUCUAAGAGGGUUGAAGUUAGGCGAGCUAAACUUUUUGCAUACAACAGAUACACACGGCUGGUAUGGUUCACACAAGUCUCAACCUGAUUAUGAUGCUGAUUGGGGUGAUUUUGUAUCGUUUGUACAACAUUUCAAAGAUAAUAGAAUUCAUGGUAAUAAAUUAAUUAAAAGAGACCUACUAGUGAUUGAUACCGGUGAUAAACAUGACGGAAACGGAUUGACAGAUGCAACGUCUCCAAAUGGACUAAAAGCUAAUGAUAUAUUUAAUUCCUUAGAUUACGAUUUGUUAACCUUGGGUAAUCAUGAAUUAUAUUCGGCAGAAAGAGCUGUCUUUGAAUAUUAUAGUACAGCCAUAUCUUACAAGUUCAAAGAGAAAUAUGUAUCAAGUAAUGUCAAUUUUAUCACAGAUACAGGCGAUGAAAUACCAUUUGGGAACAAAUUCCGGUAUUUUACCACACCUUACACAAAGCAUAGGAUCUUAGCUCUAUCAUUUAUAUUUAAUUUCAAGAUUCCAAAUUCAAGAGCAAAAGUUACGCCAUUGGUUGAUGAAAUUAAAAAAGAAUGGUUUUCACAAUUGAUCAAUAUAUAUCCACCGCACAAAGUAGAUCUUCUUCUUGUAUUUGGUCAUUUACCAGCGACGGAUCCUGAAUACCACGAAAUUAAUCACCUAUUCGAAGCGUUAAGAUCCUAUUAUCCUGACACUGUGAUUCAAUUUUUCAGUGGACAUAGUCAUAUUAGAGAUUUUGUGAAGUUUGAUGAUCGUUCCACUUGUAUACAGAGUGGCAGAUUCUCCGAGACCGUGGGGUUUGUUUCGAUAAAUAAUGUAAGAUCCAAACAUAAAGAUCCAACAUUCUUUAGACGUUAUAUUGAUUUCAAUAAAAGAUCUUUCAAGUUCCAUGCAAAGACGGACGACUUGUCCACAAAAGUUGGUAACUAUGUUACUUCGAAGAUUAAUACAUUAAGAGCUAUUCUGGACUUAGAUCAUCAAUAUGGGACUGUACCUCAAACUUAUUAUAUGAUGGCAAGACCAAUGGAUUCAGAUUCAAACCUUUAUCAUCUUUUUAAAUCAGAAAUACUAUUAAGGCUUAAUUCGAGCGUCACCGACCCAACAGUAGGUAGAAUGAUAAUGCUUAAUACAGGUGCCAUCAGAUACGAUCUAUACAAAGGUCCAUUCACUACGGACUCCGAAUAUAUAGUGUUACCAUUUGAUAAUACCUGGAGUUACAUGGUAUUACCAUUGAAUAUUGCAUCCAAGAUAGAAGGAUUUUUAAACCAGUAUCCUUAUAUUGUGAAAACGUUACCUCCACCAGAAAUAGUCCAGAACAAUAUUCUAAUUAAGAAAAAUGACAUCUCUUGUCCAAUUAUUGAUAAACCUGAAUUAACAGAAGGAUACACCACUUUUGACGAUUAUGGUUGUGAUGGUGACGACACACCACAUAAUACACAAACGUUGUACAGUGUCCCAAAUGUAAUACAAUCAACAAAAUUAGUCGAUACUGACCUAGAAUCACUGAUUCAUUUUGUCUUUAUUAGUUUCCUAACUGACGAUAUCUUACAAGCGGCAAAUUCAAUCGGUGCAGACAUAAUCCCAGAUUUCCAAAACUACACAAUAUCUGACGUGAUGAAUUAUGGCGGACAAUCUGCCAAACAAUUAUUAAGAGAGUACAUCAUUGAGAUAUCACAAACUUAG